AUGCCGAACCGCAGGGCCAGCCGCAACGCCUACUAUUUCUUCGUGCAGGAGAAGAUUCCCGAACUCCGCAGGCGAGGCCUGGCCGUGGCCCGCGUGGCCGAUGCCAUCCCUCACUGCUCUGCUGACUGGGCGCUCCUGAGGGAGGAAGAGAAAGAGAAAUACUCAGAAAUGGCUCGAGAAUGGAGAGCAACGCAGGGGAAGGAUCCAGGGCCUUCAGAGAAGCAGAAACCAACUUCAACCCUACUGGGGGAACCAGGCAUGCUUGUACCAAAGCCAAGUGUUUCUCCCCCUGAUAUAUCAAGUUUGUCUCUCAAAAGUGAUCAAGCUCUCCUUGGAGGCAAUUUUUAUUUUUUGAACAUUUUUAGCCAUGGUGAGCUGCCUCCUCAUUGUGAACAGCGCUUCCUCCCUUGUGAAGUUGGCUGUGUUAAAUAUUCUCUCCAAGAAGGCAUUGUGGCAGAGUUCCACAGUUUUAUAAAUCCCGGAGAAAUUCCACGAGGAUUUCGAUUUCAUUGUCAGGCUGCAAGUGAUUCUAGUCACAAGAUUCCCAUUUCAAACUUUGAACUUGGGCAUGACCAAGCAACUGUGUUGCAAAAACUUUAUAGAUUUAUUCAUCCAAACCCAGGAAAAUGGCCACCUAUCUACUGCAAGUCUGAUGACAGAGCCAGAAUCCACUGGUGCUUGAAGCUCAUGGAGAGGGAUUCAGAAAUAAGGCAAGAUCUAGAACUUCUCACCGUAGAGGACCUGGUAGUGGGGAUCUACCAACAAAAAUUUCUCAAGGAGCCCUCCAAGACCUGGGUUCGAAGCCUCCUAGAUGUGGCCAUGUGGGAUUAUUCUAGCAACACAAGGUGCAAGUGGCAUGAAGAAAAUGAUAUUCUUUUCUGUGCUUUAGCUGUUUGCAAGAAAAUCACGUAUUGCAUCAGCAAUUCUCUGGCCACUCUCUUUGGAAUCCGGCUCACAGGCACUCAUAUACCACUACAAGACUAUGAGGCAAGCAGUAGCGUGACACCCAAAAUGGUGGUACUGGAUGCAGGACGCUAUCAGAAGCUGAGGGUUGAGAGUCCAGGAUUCUAUCAUUUCAACUCUUAUAAGCAAGAGCAAAGAUUUAAUGCAUCCACUGGAGAUUACCCAUGUGGAGUGAAAUUUUCGGGCCAGAACAGUACUGUUCGUGGAAGAGGGAUUACCCGCUUACUAGAAAGUAUCUCCAAUUCCUCCAGCAAUGUCCGCAAAUUCUCCAACUGUGAGACUUCACUCUCAUCUUAUGUGCCCAAAGAAGACGGAUACAAAUCUUUCUCUUCCUUGUCUUAAUAAUGGCACAUUUUGCAAUUUCUGGAAAAAAAUAACCCACCCAACUUCCUUUCUGACUACAACCCUAUUAGACAAACAGAUCACAUCAAUGGCAAAUGUUAUUCCUAAAAAUUACUUAAUUUGUAGGAAACUAUUUUAUAGAUUAAACAUAAUUGUAGUUAGAGAAGA